CAGCUGCCUCGUUUGAUCUCCCUAGUUACUACUUUAUACAAAAAUUAGAUUUGCAUCGUUCUUCGAUUAAACUUUUUUGUGGUGUUAUCGUUCGAAACUAAUGGCUUACGCUUUUUCUUCUUCUUCCCCUCCCAGAAGUCUACUUACGUUAUGCUCCAAAUCCUCCCUUUACUCCUCUCCAUAUAGAAAAUACAAAGUGGUAAUAAAGCAAGUUGUUUCGAGUAGCCAAUCAGUCAGUUCUCGCGUUUCUAACAAGGAGUUCCGACGAUCGGUGUCUGUCGGUUUAGUCGACAGAAAGAACAUGCUCGUUAAACGUAAACGGAAAAAAUGGAGAACCUAUCGUGGAUAAUAAAAUUCGCCACGACCAUUCUUCCGUUUCUCCAUUUGUUUGGAUUCGGAAUGAAUGUCGCGUGGAUAACAACGCUUUUGACCGUGGUGUUUCUUUUGGAGUUUCUACUGGUGGCGAACGUCGAUGGAAUUUUUUUCCCGUCCUUGCUAUCAUCGUCAAAAGUGAAAACCAACUUUCCAACCACGGGGAAACUCGGAAAUGAAGAUGCGAAGGUCGAAGAUGGUAAUCGUCAGGACAGUAAAGAGAAGCCUCAUAUCGUCAUCAUUCUCGCCGAUGAUAUGGGAUGGAACGACGUGAGCUUCCAUGGAUCCGAUCAAAUUCCUACACCGAACAUCGAUGCCCUUGCGUACAAUGGAAUCAUCUUAAAUAAUCAUUAUGUUCCCGCGUUAUGCACGCCGAGUAGAACUGCUCUGAUGACCGGAAAAAAUCCCAUUCAUCUGGGUAUGCAACAUUCCGUUCUUCUCCCCGCCGAACCUCGAGGACUUCCGUUGAGCGAAAAACUGCUCCCAGAGUAUUUAAAAGAAAUAGGCUACAGAACACACGCGGUUGGCAAAUGGCAUCUGGGAUAUUUUAGAAAAGAAUACACUCCAACGUAUCGCGGAUUCGAUUCUCAUUACGGCUAUUGGAAUGGUCUUCAAGAUUAUUACACUCAUAUUACACAAGAACAAGAUAUCAGUGACUUUAGAGGUUUCGAUAUGAGACGAAAUCUCACGGUUGCUUGGGAAACCCAAGGAAAAUACUCGACUGAUCUUUUCACGAACGAAGCGGUACGGCUAAUUAAAGAACACGACACGAAUCAACCGAUGUUUCUGUACCUGGCGCAUUUAGCACCUCAUAAAGGAAACCCAAACCAGCUUCUAAGAGCAUCCGACAAAGAUAUUGCCAAGUUUUCGUACAUUCUCGACCCUGAAAGGCGAAUACAAGCUGCUGUCAUUUCGAAAUUGGACCAAAGUGUUGGCGAAGUAAUAGACGCCCUGAGAAAUCGCGGCAUGUUAAAGAACAGCAUAGUGCUGUUCAUGAGCGACAAUGGGGCGCCAACCGAAGGUGUCCUGAGUAAUCAAGGCAGCAAUUAUCCCCUACGAGGCAUAAAAGAUAGCCCAUGGGAAGGGGGAACGAGAGGAGUGGCAGCGAUUUGGAGUCCUUUGAUCAAAGAGCCAAGAAGAGUUUCGAAUCAAAUGAUGUUUAUGGCCGACUGGUUUCCUACACUUCUGUCUGCAGCAGGAGCGGAGAGGAAACAUCUUGGAAACAUCGAUGGAUUCGACCUCUGGCCAGCUUUAAUCUCAGACAAAAUCAGUCCCAGAUCCGACAUAGUCCUGAAUAUCGACGAUAUAAGUAAUUACUCUGCUAUCAGACGGGGCGAUUUUAAGUACGUUAUCGGUCAGACGGAAACUGGCCGCGCCUGGCUUGGAGCAACCGGAAACUCUUCCGAAGGUGUCUCCCCCAAAUACGAUCCUUUCAAAGUGCUGUACAGCAAAGUUGGUAUCGCUAUUUCUGGCGUGAUUACCGUCAAGCAAGCGAUGGAAUUGGACGAGAGAAGGAAGAACGUAAAAAACGGCACAAAUAUUCCUCUGAAAACGGAUUUCCAGGCUAAGAUACUCACCGCUGACAAACUCCUCGAAUUACGGAAUAACGCGCGGAUACGAUGUAACGUCAAGGAAGAAAACAAGAUUCCUUGCGAUCCAACCGAAGCACCCUGUCUCUUUAACAUAGAAAAGGAUCCAUGCGAGAUGGUGAACCUCGCUGAAAGAAGACCACUGAUUUUGGCUAUUCUCGAAAGAGUCCUGACGAAUUACAGACUUACGAUGGUACCUCCAAGUAACGUUCCGAAUGAUCCGAAAGCAAAUCCAUUGCUUUGGAACAAUACCUGGACCAGUUGGGACGAUCCAAAUCCACUAGCAUUAGCUUUCAAGAUUAAUGAAUAUCAUACGCGUUCCGGACCCGCGAUCGCGGUAAUGUCCAUCAUUUGCGGCCUUUUCAUCGUCGGUGUUAUAACACUGUUCGCCCUUAAAUGUGACAAGUCUAACUCAAAUGAUACGGAGGACCACGAUUACGGAAACGGCCAAGAGACGGCUGUACGCACCGCGAACUACGAUAGCGACUCGUUAACGAUGUCUAAAAUUAUAGAAGAUGCAAAACGGGAUAGCGAAGACAGAAAUUGACAGAUUCAAUCGAGAUGCACGAGAGUUGGGUCACUUUUGAUCAUUCCGAAGAUUUUCAAACUCUUCUGUGUUUGUCUCGGAAUUUGAUCAAAUGAAAUGCUUGAUAAUUAGACGAGUUGAUUAGAUACCUAAUUAAAUAUUAAACUUUUCAUUGCUGCUAUUGACGUUUGUGGACAUUCGAAAAAGUCCGGUACACUAUAGGCACCUUUAGAAGUUUAGUUAAUUUUAUUAAUUAUACAAUCUCGUCAUUUUCGGUUAAAUACAUUAUCUGCCUAGAAAAAUCUUCAAUUAAGCUAUUGUCAAUAUUAUAGUUUUAUUUACUGUAACGAAGGAAAGAUUAAUUUAAUUGAUAAUUGUUAUCCCUUAAUUUUCACCUCGUGCAAUCUCGUUUCAUUUUCCUAUCAAAAAUAUCAUCCACAGGGUAUCUAAGUGUAUUAUAUCGUUGACAGGAUGACUUCGAUAGGAUUAAAUUAGUUGUAAACUAUGAGGUACCGCUUGCUCGGCAAGUUCGUUGUACUUACGUUCUUCAUUCAACAAAUUAUUACACUUGUAAAUAGUUCACAAAAAGUACAAUUACAUUUAAUCUUCAUUCAUUGUUCAAAGAAACGGUGUCCACAAUGUAAAUGCUUUGUUGAAUAAAUACUUUGUUUUACAA